AUGUACUCUGCCACCCAAGCGUCCUCCUCUUCGCGUUCCAACGUCGCCGUCGCUAUCGACUCCGAUGCGAUUCAGACGCCCCAAAUGCCACUCGCUGGUUCAAGCCAAGGACCGAUCGCGAAACAGCACACUCCAAAUAAUAGCCCUGAGAGCGUAUCCUCAAAUGAGGCACUCUCAGACCUCGACAUCAACAUCCCCUGCAGCCAGACGCAGGAACCCACAGUGAUGGGCAUGUCUACUUCGCACGAAUCGCGGCCGCCUAUUCCUUCCUCCCAGUCUCGUGGGCACCACAGCUUACCAUCGACAUAUCUGGCUCUUGCACGAACCAUCGGCGAGAUCCAGGAGCUCUACGAGCUCGAGGUGAAACAGGGGGAGGAAAUAAAGGACCUCUCCGAGCAGCUCUUUGCAGCGGCAUGGAUGGCGAGUAUGUCGAGGCCCAGGGACAUCCAGUAUCGGUGCCUCGGGCAGAUAACUGAUCUCCUGGGAGAGGGGGUUGGACAACUCGCAUACCUUGACGGGAGGCAUCUGCGGUUGGAGGGGAAGCUGCCAGAGAGGCCACCGUUGUGGGACCUGGAAGAUCUAGUACCAGCCCCGGUAUUUCCCCGUCGCGCCGAGCAGAAACGGCACCGCGAUGAAGUCGUCUCCGCGGAAAGUCACCCCUCGAGGAGUUUAACAGCCGCAGCGACUGAAAUCCGUCAGGACGGCGCCAUUCGUCCCGUUAAGCAUCGUCGGCUCGAGACGGAGGAGUUGUUCAACUCAGAGGAGGUAAAAUGGAUUGUAGAGGUCUUCGAGGAAGAAGGCAGCGGGUCUCAGGACGACCAAGGCGAUGAAACCGACCCCGACACCGACGGGACGGAGCCCGACGACGACGCCGAAGACCCAACAGCUCCUCGAGCUUCGACAUCUUCUACGUCCUCCAGCAAGCCCGCCUCGUCAUCUGCCGACGCUACCCACCCCGUCGCCACACAGAAGCCCCGGGGACUCCAACGUGCCGCUUCCUUCUGUGACCUGUCCUUCAACGGGUCCCUGUCCAUACCUUAUUCAUAG